AUGAAUCUCGCAGCGGGAUUGUCGAACGCCCAUGUUUCGGCAACACACGGAGAUCAUACAGACAACCCACGAUAUCAACUACCAUCCAAACCAGAAGCUGCGUACGGGGGCAAAAGAUUGGUAUCGACUGCUAGGCCUACGUUAAGCCCUCGCCAAAGUUCGAAAACAAGCAAAAUAUGCGCUCGAUGUGGUACCGCUAUACACCAAGGAUCUUUGAAGGCCCUCGGAAAAUAUUUUCACGAAGAAUGCUUUGUCUGCUUUGAUUGUGGUGAUACCUGCAGGCCAAAGUAUUUCCCAUUCGAAGACCCCAAAACGCAUCAACUAAUCCCUCUUUGUCAACAAGACUACUUCAAGAGAAAUAACUUGCUCUGCCAUGUGUGCGACAAGCCUUUGAGAGGUGUUUAUUACAAUGCAUUUGGCAAGUUAUAUGAUGAAGAACAUUUUUGUUGCAAAAUAUGCCACGAAAAGUGCGGUAUAAACACUUGCUUCAACUACAAUGACGACCUGUAUUGCAAAUAUCACUUCCUCAAAUUGUUUUCACAUCGCUGCAAAGGUUGCAAUUACCCAAUUUCAGACCAGUACAUUGAAUUUCCGAGAGGGGAUGAGGUUCACAGAUGGCAUCCGGAAUGCUAUGGAAUUCAUAAGUACUGGCACGUCAAUAUUCCACCCGAGGCGGUGGGACUCCCUAGACUGAAGGAGUACAAAGAAAACACCGAUCCAAAGAGUUUUGAAAAGCUUCAUCCCUCGCGACAAGAGCUAGAGAAACAGGUGAAUAGCUUCGGAAACCUCAUUGCGAAAACAUGGUCUGUCCUUUACAAGUUUGAAGAAGAAGCUGCAGUUUGCAUUUCUGAUAUGUUUCAAUACCUUACAAGUCUGGAUCAAUUGAAAGGUCUGCAUUCAGCUGCUCUCCUUGUCUUGAAAACGGAAUGCCUUUUUAGAGGGCUGGACUCUCUAAACUCUCUGACAAAUUUUGAUAUGAAAACUCCAAAUUCUUCUCUCACUGCUAAUGAUCCUAACCAUGUUCUCCUGGAUGUGCCUAUCGAAAUGGAAUCGGCUGCAUAUAAGUAUGCCAAACUCCCUCGAAAUUUCUCUACGAAAUUGAUGAUUUAUUUGCAGUUGCUGCGCAAGCUCAGUGCCGCCCCUAGCGACAAGGAUGUUAAUGUUUCUUCGUUGAUGUCAGUAAUCACAGGGCUGGCCCACUUUUUGAAGCUUCUUGUUAGACAUGGACUUCAAACUGCACUUGAGAGAAACAGAUCUGUCCACACAGCUAAUGCUUUGAUCAAGUUUCUACGUGAUAUCGAGCAUAAUGAGGCUUUUGUGGACAAACCUUUCGAUCACGUUGAUGUUUCAAUCGAUGCUACAGAUUGUUGCGCACAUUGCCGAAAGUACAUCCAAGAGGCGUGCCUUCAGUUCCGCACUUACCGUUGGCAUAAAAAUUGUUUAGGCUGCUCUAGUUGUCAGGCUCCAAUUGAUAUGUAUGGUGUCGCAGACGCGGCAUUUGAUCUAAGAGAGGAAAAGGUUUUCUGUGCACAAUGUGCUGUGAGAAACCCUGAAUCAUCUCCAGGAUUCAAGCCCGUCACCAAGCUUGCUCAGCUUAUAUUUUUACUGAAAAUCGCCUUGAUACGGUCAAAGGCUGUCAUGGAAAUUCAGCUUAAGAAUAAAGAUGCUCUCAACAGGUCCAACAGUGUGAAAGAGUCAAUAUCAAUGCAGCAAACUUACAUCAGAACCCUUAAUGACAUCAAAAGGCUCAAAUCAAGACGACAAAGUGUUCCUCUGAGCAGUAACAAACGGGAAGCACGACGCUCCAAAAUCAUCGAGACUUCUGAAAUGGAUUUAAUAGACGAAGAAUCAGCAAAAGAAAAGUCCUUAAUAAUUCAAACCGAGAGAAUUAAUCUACCCAAGGAGGGGCAAAAUAUGUUUAACAGUACCAAAACCUUAACACUCGAUGACAUCUCCAGAAUUGUGGCUGCUGAACAGGCUCGAGAGUUGAGACCUAACGCCUUCACAUACUUCAAAAAACUGAAAGAUAAUGACGACGAAGUGGUUGGAAUUGUGAACAAAAAAGGUGGCAUCUAUUUUUCUGAACUUCAACCUCGUGAAAUGUAUAUAGUGAGGUUAUUGGCCUUGGCCUUGCUUGGCGCUGAGCCCAAUAGCCCGUUGUCAAAGUUUCCGAGUCAGGUACAGAAAUUAAUUCCUCAGCCUCCGAAAGAACCAAAACAACCGUCAGGAACGUUUUGGUCGAGAAUGAAAAUUAUGAUGUCAAAGGACACUAAGCGAGCUUCCUGUCAAAAGGUUUUUGGGUCAAGUUUAGACCUUUUGAGUAACGAGUGGGGUACCGAAUCGGACCUUGGUAUAGGUCCCUCGAAGAUUAAAAUUCCGAUAAUAAUUGAUGAGCUUAUUUCUUCAUUACGGCAAAUGGACAUGUCGGUUGAGGGUAUUUUCAGGAAAAACGGCAAUAUUAGGAAGUUAAGAGAGCUCGCUAAUGCAAUCGACAGCAACCCUUCCGAAGUGCCGGAUUUAUCAAAAGAAAAUGCUGUACAGUUAUCUGCUUUAUUAAAAAAGUUUUUGAGAGACCUUCCGGAUCCACUGCUUACCUUUCCACUAUAUGACAUUUGGAUCGAAGUUGCCAAAAUUGACUCAGACUUCGAAAAGCACAAAUACUAUAAUUUGCUGUAUGCACUGCUGCCAACAUCACAUCGGAACCUUGCUGAGGUGUUGUUUUCAUUCCUCCACUGGACUUCGUCGUUCUCUCAUAUCGACAGUCAGAUGGGAUCCAAAAUGGACAUUCAUAAUCUCUCAACUGUCAUCACACCUAAUAUUCUUUAUCAUCUCGGUAACACAUCAACACAACCUACGGUGAACGGUGGAGCUAUUCACAACACUUACAAAGACGCAUUUGCUCAGAACGAAGGAGAGAACUAUUUUCUAGCAAUUGAAGUUGUAAACUACUUGAUAAACCAUAAUGAAGACAUGUCAAUCGUUCCGAAAUUUAUGAUGAACCUACUGAAAGGAGCGCAGGAGAAAAAUCUUUACGACCCAGAGAGUCUAAAACAAUUUGCACUGGCACAUGUAAAGGAGGGGAAAGUCACCUUUUCGGAGUACAAAGUGGGCGAAUCUGUUACGAUGAAAAACUCAACUUCUGUCGCAAGAAUUGAGAUAAAAGGCAAAGAAAGAAUUGGUAUGGAUUGA